AUGCAGUGUCCAUUUAGGGUUGCAGCUGGAUGGAAGUACAAUGAAAGAACAUUCCAGAUAAAAUUUUGUAAUGAAAUGCAUCUCUGUGCUACGAAUUAUCAUUUUGGUUCCUUAGUUACUAGUAAUUGGUUAGCCAAACACUACCUGAAAGAUGUAAUCAUGAAGCCCAAGAUAACAUUGCUAGAGAUGCAAGCAGAUGUGCUACAAAGGUUUUCAGUGAGUGUAUCUCUUGGGAAAUGCCAAAGAGCAAGGGCUACUGCAAUGGGGAUAAUAGAAGGGAAGUUAGAAGACCACUAUGCCAAGGUUUGGGACUAUACAGUUGCAAUUAGGUUGAGUAAUCCGGUUGAGCCUGCUAUACUAAGAAGAGAUGCUACUCCUCCUACAGUUUCAGAAUGUGGUGAUCAAGUUGGUGGGCCUGAUAUACCAAGAAGUGAUGUUACUCCUCCCCCAGUUUCAGAAUCUGGUAAUCAAGUGGGUGGUCGUAAUGUUAGUCCUCUAAAAAGGACUAAGAUGAUGGCAAGGAGAGGAGGGAGAACUAAAGUGUCUGGAUCAAGGAACAAAACACCAAAGAAAACACCUAAUGGUAAGAAACAUAAGAGUAAUGCAAACGAGGAUGUGUCCCUAACCUGUGAUGAGGAUUUUGUUGAUCUUUUUACCCAUGCACCUAAUGGUAAGCAAGGUAUGAGUCAAGAAACAGAGGAUGUUCAGGAACAAGAACAUGAUGACAAUGAGGUGAAGGUGAGUGAAAGACUUACUUUACUGGAGUUGCUGAUGUAUGGAUAUACACAUGCUGAUGCAGUGGCUGCUAUGAAAGAGGUUUAUGGAGAGGUUUGGGAACAACAGAUUGAAGAAAAAGAGUUUGAGGAAGGAGUUGAAGAUAAAGAGGUUGAAGAAGAAGAAGUUGAAGGAAUACAGGUUGAGCAAGAAGAAGUUGAAGGUAUAGUGGUUGAGGAAGAAGGAGUUGAAGAAAAAGAGGUUGGAGCAAGAGUCCUACCCUCUAGAAGAAGUUAUGGUGCUUAUAAUUUCCAUUGGGAGAAAAAGAGGAAACCCUCUGAAAGAAUUAGGAAGUUGAAGCUCAGGAAAAUGGUUGAAGAUGUUGAUGGUGGUGGUUCCUCCAAACCCCCUUGGGUUUUAGAGUAA